CGCCUCCGGCUAGGAUGGCCCCUCCGGGCCCGGCCGGCGCCCUCUCCACCUCGGCCGAGCCGCUGUCCCGCAGCAUCUUCCGGAAGUUCUUGCUGAUGCUCUGCUCCCUGCUCACGUCCCUUUAUGUCUUCUACUGCCUGGCCGAGCGCUGCCAGACCCUGUCCGGCCCCGUCGUGGGGCUGUCCGGCGGCGGCGAGGAAGCGGGGGCCCCUGGUGGCGGCGUCCUGGCCGGAGGCCCGCGGGAGCUGGCGGUGUGGCCGGCGGCGGCACAGAGAAAGCGCCUCCUGCAACUGCAGCAGUGGCGGAGGCGCCGGCCGCCCGCGCCCCGCGACGACGGCGAGGAGGCGGCCUGGGAAGAGGAGUCCCCUGGCCUGGCAGGGGGUCCCGGCGGCUCCGGGGCCGGAAGCACCGUGGCCGAGGCCCCGCCGGGGACCCUGGCGCUGCUCCUGGACGAAGGCAGCAAGCAGCUGCCGCAGGCCAUCAUCAUCGGCGUGAAGAAGGGCGGCACGCGGGCGCUGCUGGAGUUCCUGCGCGUGCACCCCGACGUGCGCGCCGUGGGCGCUGAGCCCCACUUCUUCGACCGCAGCUACGACAAGGGCCUCGCCUGGUACCGGGACCUGAUGCCCAGAACCCUGGACGGGCAGAUCACCAUGGAGAAGACGCCCAGUUACUUCGUCACGCGGGAGGCCCCCGCGCGCAUCUCGGCCAUGUCCAAGGACACCAAGCUCAUCGUGGUGGUGCGGGACCCGGUGACCAGGGCCAUCUCGGACUACACGCAGACGCUGUCCAAGCGGCCCGACAUCCCCACCUUCGAGAGCUUGACGUUCAAAAACAGGACGACGGGCCUCAUCGACACGUCGUGGAGCGCCAUCCAGAUCGGCAUCUACGCCAAGCACCUGGAGCACUGGCUGCGCCACUUCCCCAUCCGCCAGAUGCUCUUCGUGAGCGGCGAGCGGCUCAUCAGCGACCCGGCCGGCGAGCUGGGCCGCGUGCAGGACUUCCUGGGCCUCAAGAGGAUCAUCACGGACAAGCACUUCUACUUCAACAAGACCAAGGGCUUCCCCUGCCUGAAGAAGGCGGAGGGCAGCAGCCGGCCCCACUGCCUGGGCAAGACCAAGGGCAGGACCCACCCUGAGAUCGACCGCGAGGUGGUGCGCAGGCUGCGUGAGUUCUACCGGCCUUUCAACCUCAAGUUCUACCAGAUGACCGGGCACGACUUUGGCUGGGAUGGAUAACCAUAUAAUUUAAAAAGAAAAAAAAAUCAAAAUAUAAUAUAUUUUUUUACCAAUCGGUAGAGAAGAGACAGUUUAAUAUUUGUGCUGAAAAUAUGUUUCAGUAUUUUUUUCAAUGAAUGUUAAGAGUUUGUUCUCACUCCCGCCCCAUCUUAAUGUAUAACCAACACCAAACACGUGGAUCAACAGAAAAGGAAAAUUUCACUCGUCUAAACCCUUUCAAUUUUCAGUUUUUAUUUUAUGUUUUGUAUACCCAGUCAUGAAGUAUAAGCAUCAGUUGCCAUUAAAAGUUUUCAGAAAAUCUUGAGGUUAAACAUCUCUCUGUCUUUUUUUUAAACACAAGGCCCUGAUAAAAUUGAUAUCUAUCCUUAUAUUUUUCUCCCUUUUUCCUGUGCCACUUUUUCUUAAAUUAUUUCCCAGUUAGUAUUAUCAUAUGUUUGUACCCUUCACAGUUUUCAUAGUGCUUUCAAAUACACCUUUUUGAUCAUUAAAAUAAAAAAAUAAAUCUUGCUCUGUUGUAUAAGAGCACAGUAGGUAAAUAUUAUUAUCCCCAUUUUACAGAAAGGAAAACUGAGUUUUUGGGAGGUGAAAUAAUGUAUCUAAAGGUCAAAUGGUGGAUGGACCCUGGACAAAAUUCCAUCUUCCACUUGUUCCUUAUUUCAUGUCACUUUUUCCAGGGAGAAUGGAAAAGAAGACAUCUGCACCUUUAGAAAUGGUUAGCUAGUUUUCAGAUGAUAUGAAAAGGGACACAGAGUCCCUUGUUUUCUAAGUUCCCAGGCUACUCCUCAUGGCACCCAGUCUUAUUACAUAGUUGUGUUCAAGAAAACCACUCAGACCUGGACACAACCUCUCUUAAGAGCCAAUCUUGCCUCUUGGCUAUUUAAAGUACACUGAGAUAUGGAAAUCUUGACUGAUGGAUGCUUGAUUGAAUUGGAGAGGAAUUAUUGGAUUCUUGCAUGGAGGACAAGGUGGCCAGCCACACUAGGGGUAGCACAAGAUGUGUUAGGAACAUAACUUACCCAUUUGUUGAUUUAACUGACUUUAAAAAAAUAGAAAAACAGAUUUCAAUUAGCGCUUACAGGUAUGAGUCUCAUUUGUUUUUUAGUUUACCUCUUUUUAAAGAGAGAAAACCUACCUUUCUUUGUAAUAUCUCACUUCUAACUUUGGAGCUAGUACUCUGAAAGAAUUAAUUAGCAAUUCGUUUACAAUGUUUUUAUUUUUCAUGGAUGGAACAUUAUCACUUUGUCACUUUAUUCCCCCCUCCCACUUCCUAUUUAUACCAUUUAUAACCUAAUGUUCAGUAAUAUUUGGAAAAAUAUUCUAGGAAAUGCAUUUGUGGGUAAAAUGGUGGCUUUUCCUCUUCUCUCGUCUAUUUCUGCCCAUCCCCCAUUUAAAUCACUCAAAUAAAUCAAUAGUUUAUUAAGAGUAUUCCUUUCCUCUCUGAGUGGGUAUUAACAAGGUUAGCAUUAAUGGGAAUUAAAUUGGUUUAGAGAGGAACACAUAUGCACGAAAUAUAUAAAACAUUUAUAAUUAGCCUGUCAGCAACAUUUUAUUAGACGUUUAAACCCAAGAGGAAAAAUGUCUUCUAUUUCAUGGAAGUUUUCUUUAUCUGCCAAAAUUUAAAGGACCAGACACUCUAAAAUAAUAUUCUUUUUCUUCUCUAAUGUUGUCAAUCAAAAGAAACUAAAGUUGUUUUAAAAUAUGCAGUACAAUUGUACAUGUACCAUAGCUGCUGCAUCAGGUGAUGUAAAUAUUUCUUGAGAAGCUUAACACAGGAUUAAAAUGAAGGAAAAAAUCUUUUAAGUGUUAGAUAUUUUGUCAUUGCUCCAAAUCUUUGGAUUUAUCUGGUAAUAUCCCAUUUGUAGAAGUUAAGUAAACCCCAAAUCCAGGUCACCUUUUUUCAGUUGAUUUCCUUCAUGUUUAUGCCCUCAAUUUCCCAGUGUCACAGACUGUUUUUAUUCUACUUGAAUCACUAGCUGCAACAAGAUACUCAUUUUAAAUUCUUAUCAUCAUUUUUCUUAGCUCAUUUUGUUUGUACAACUGAUUCUUUUGUGUUUGCUUGGCAUUAUGCAAAAGUGGCUUGCACAAAGCAACAAUUGCAUUCUGCAACCUUCAUUUUUUUUAAUGUGAAAGAAAUAAUAAAAGAACAGAAUCGAAUGCAAAGCAUCCCUUUUUGAACAUAAAUAUUUUUGUUCAUAUUAUUUUAAAAAUGAAUGACUAUGCAAAACACCAGGAAAAUCUUCAAGCUUCUAUGACUUCCUAAGAGUGUUAGAAGUAAUAAGUCCCAGCAAAAUGUGUAAAGAUUUAGAGUCAGUAUUCUCUAAAAGGAAUGUCCAUUCAUUUCUGCCUCUAUAUAGUACUCAUCCCUACUGUGCAUGAACUUGGCCUCACAUUUAUUUUGUCCAUUUAGCUACACCAAAUAAUAGGCUUUGACCUUGAUUGGAACAUCUUAGCGUCCAUUCUCUGAGCUGUCUGCUCCAAAGCCAUGCCUUCCAAUCCCCUUCCUGUUUCUUAGAGGUAGAGUGUUGUCUUUCAAGAAGAAUAUCUAGAAAAUAUCUACAGCUUCGUUUUGAGCAGUUUGCUUCCAAGGUCACAUCUACAGUGUAUCCAUUCUCCAGAGAACUUAGUCACUUCUAGGGAAAUGAAUUUUAUUUCAAUAAAUGGAGAUUAAUAUGCUUCUACAGAAUGGAUAUUGAUUAUUCUAGAAAUAUUAAUCCCACUCUAAUUUUCUUAUUUUCAAAGGAUCUUCAAAGCUGACAUCAACUUCAAUGGUCAUUUGGAUCAAAUCCCUGUUCAGCACCUGAAUCCUUUCAUUAACUUGUUAUGCAGGGGGUUAAAACAUUGAUGUGUCUGUAAAUUCUUAACUCUUGAUAUUACAGUUGAAAAGAGGAUACAUUUCUCCUAAACAGCUUCAUCGUAUUCUGCCAGCUGAGACCUGCUGAGUCCCCAGCUCCCCAUGAAGAUAUCUGAAAUUCAAUAUAUGAAUAAAUAAAUGUGUCUAUAAAAUAAUAAUGCCUUAUAUGUAUAUUGCAGACUAAUCUUUCAAAUACAUUAUUCCACCAUAUACCAA